UAUGCAUAGUCGCAAUUGCAGCCAAGCUACACUUGACUGCGUUCUACAUUCAAUGCCGCUAAUUUCUGCGGUGCAAUUUACAGCAGUACCGCCAGGGUUCCGAAGCGUUGCGGUGGCCUAGACUAGAGUCCUCCGCGCGCACGACGGAAGUGUUCUGGCUGUGAACUGUAGUAGUGGAUGCUGUGCGUGUUUCUUCCGGAAGAGACCAUGGAUGUCGUCCGCGGCUACCGGCUGGAAUCGCUGUCCCGGCUGAAGUGCAUCUCCAUUACGGAGAUCCUCUUCGGGCUGAUUGGUCUGCUGCUGUUCAUUGUCGCCAUCGUUCUCGCCUUAACGCACCGUUCUACACAGGACAACCACUUAACAUGGUCCUGGUCACUCUUUCUCAUUGUCGGAUUCUACUUCCUCCUGUUCAUCGCCGGCUGCUUCGGCGUCCAUGUGGUACGACGGUGCCGGAAGGGCGUGGCAUCCUCGUCGUCCUUCACAGCGUUGGCUGGCAUGAAUGUGAUCCUGUGUAUUAUAUAUAGCAUUCUACUGGUGCUAAUAAUUAUCUCCGCAAUUCUUGUCGGCGUCCUGGCGCAUUACAUGCACGCCAUCCUCAAUCAUAUCGCCCAACUAUUGAAUCUGCACAAAGAUACCAUCUAUGAUCCCGCGCAGCCCGCUCCCGGUCAUACCGCGCAGGAAACCGUGCAUAAAGUGACCAGCGCGGUGACGAUUGUGAUGGUGGUCAUUUUUAGCGUGAUCGGCACGUUUUUGUUGUUGUUCACUAUCUUGACGGGAUGCGCGGCGAAGAUUAGCCGGCGUAAUGCGGCCAUCCUGAAAACACCGACAUCCGGGAAUUACAACGAUAGUCUGCUGGCGUCCAUGGGCGGAACGUAUCCCAAGCAGGUGUCCACGUACGGAGAAUAUCAGCCUAUCAGGCAGCAAAUCUGAAAGCAUGUGAAGAUUUUUGGCAUAUGAAAUGUAGACGCCCACGCUGACUUCAAACGCAGGAUGUGUCGUUAAUAAUAUUAUGUUUAUGGACCCUCCGACACUGCUUACACAAUACGGUUAAAUUUCAUGUGUAAAGUUAUGCAUCUGACAUUUUGCACAAUCUGUGUGUUUGCAGAAAAAUUUAAUUUCAGCGUUUAGCCGGCUAAAUUCUAAUGCAGCUUUAGAGUUGUGGCUUGUUGCUCAAGUCAUGUAGAAAUCGGCAGCAGUUGUUUUUUAGAGUGGGAAGCUAGUAGAAAGUAUAAAAUGUUGCUUUAUUGCUAAUUAAACAACCGCUUUUUUUGUGCUCAGCAGCACGGGAUGGGUGUGCCAUAUACACGCCUCCAUAAAUUUGUAUGGCAUUAUCAAUAAAAAACAGAAUUCAGUA